AUGGUACUUAUUUAUGUUGAUGACAUAAUAGUUACAGGAAAUGCAGAAGACGAAAUUGAUAAGCUAAAACUCAUACUUGGUCAUCAAUUUGCCAUGAAAGACCUGGGAGAACUAAAGUGUUUUUUGGGCAUAGAGGUUGAGCGCUCAUCUAAUGGAAUGAAGAUUACUCAGCAGAAAUAUGCUCUUGAUCUUCUAAAAAGAUUUGGUUUGAAUGACUGCAAACCUGCACCUACCCCUAUGGUUCUUGGACAGCAAUUAUCACAAAAAGAGAGUCACCCUGUCAAACAUCCAGAGAAGUAUAGAAGUCUUGUGGGAGCACUUCAAUAUCUCACUUUUACACGCCCAGAUAUAACAUUUGCUGUAAACCAAGUAUGUCAAUUCAUGCAUGAUCCUCGUGAGUUUUUUAUUCAAGCUGCCAAGAGAAUUCUUCGUUAUGUGAAAGGAACAUUAGCAGAUGGGCUUUUUUUCCCUACUGUCAAAAGGCAACCUAAUCUAGUUGCUUACUCAGAUGCUAACUGGGGCGGAGAUCCUGAUUCAAGGAGAUCAAUUAAAGGUUUUAGUGUCUUCUUUGCUGGUUCACUUAUCUUAUGGAGUAGCAAGAAACAAAGAACAGUUUCUCGAUCAAGCGCAAAGCAAAAAUCUCGUGCAAUGUCGGAUGCAACAGCAGAAAGAACUUGGUAUCGUCACCUUCUCUCUGAGCUGGGUAUAAAGCCUAAUGGUCUAACUCUACUUUGUGAUAACCAGAGUGCUAUAAAGCUGGCUUCAAAUCCACUCUUUCAUGCACGAAGCAAACACAUUGAAUUGGAUUGUCACUUUGUGCGAAAAAAAAAGGUAGAAGAUUCGCUAAAUUGUUGA